AUGGCCUUAUGGGUUGGGAUUGGAGUAAAGCUCCAAGUUGGGGGUGACCAGAUGAAGCCGGCCCGUGCACCUCUGAUCCCCCAUCGGCCUUUUGUUGUCGUGUGGAAUGCACCUACGGAGUCCUGUCGACUUCGAUUCAAAGUAGACCUGGACCUCAGUGUUUUUGAUAUCGUAGCGAACCACAACGAAACCCUCAGUGGACCAAAUGUCACCAUAUUCUACCACAGCCACCUGGGAUACUACCCAUACUACUCCAACUCUGGGUUCCCCAUUAAUGGUGGCUUGCCACAGAACCAGAGCAUCUCCAAACACCUGAGUAAGGCCCGGACUGACAUUGACAAGCUUAUCCCGCAUAAGGAUUUUCGAGGCUUGGGUGUCAUUGACUGGGAGAACUGGAGGCCCCAGUGGGUCAGAAACUGGGGCUCCAAGGACAUAUACCGCAACAAGUCCAAGGAACAAAUCCGGAAACUUCACCCAAAUUGGCCAGAGAGCAAGGUAGAGAAAGAAGCAAAGGAAAGCUUCGAAAGAGCCGGGCAAGACUUUAUGAAUCUGACCUUAGCACUGGCUGAGGGCCGCAGGCCCAAUGGGCUGUGGGGGUUUUACCUGUUCCCAGACUGCUACAACUAUGGGUACAAGCAGCAUCCACAGCAGUACACUGGUGAAUGUCCAAAUGUCGAGCAUGUUCGCAAUGACCAUCUGAUGUGGCUGUGGAAGGAGAGCUCAGCCCUCUACCCAUCCAUCUACCUCGACUAUGAGCUCAAGUCCUCCCCCAACACUGUCAAGUUUGUCCACUAUCGAGUCAAGGAAGCCAUGAGGAUUGCGUCUAUUGCCCGUACAGACUUCACAUUGCCUGUGUUUGUCUACUCCAGAGCUUUCUAUGCCUACACCUUUGUGGUUCUUUCUGAGAGUGACCUGCUUCAUACCAUCGGGGAGAGCGCCGCUUUGGGAGCAUCAGGCGUCGUCCUCUGGGGAUCAUCAGAAUACUCUCGAUCACAGAGGAACUGUCUGACAGUGAAGAAGUAUAUCGAUGGCCCACUGGGACAUUAUGUUAUCAAUGUCACAUCAGCUGCUAAGUUGUGCAGCAAAGCAUUGUGCAAGAAGAAUGGCAGGUGCGUCCGCAAGAGCCUCGACUCAAACGCUUACCUGCACCUUAAUCCACGCUUCUUCAACAUCCACCGCAGGCCGACACCAAGGGGCCCCCAUUUCCACGUCAGCGGUCACCUCAACAACUAUGACAUCCUGGACAUGAAGAACAAGUUCACCUGCCAGUGCUACCAGGGCUGGACGGGGGUCCAUUGCGAGAUGCCCCAGGCCCCGCCUCCACCUCUCCUGCCUCAGCCUGCCAUCCCUCUGCCGCACCCCCAUGAGAACAGCCUGUUGGGGGAUAUCUUGCUCCUCCUAUCCCUCCAUUUCUCUUGUCUCUGCAUCAUUAUCUUCCUGGGUCUUUGUCUGAUUAUUAAGUGUCUCAAUCUGUAG